AUGGAUAAGCAACGCAAUAACGCUUUAUAUUGUAAAAAAUACCGAUCAAAAAGGAAGGAUAUUGAUAAGUUACGACGUAAAAUCAGUAUUACCCCACAUGAAAUUAGGAAUGAAGAUAGUUUGCUAACUAUUGCUGGGCCUAAUACAAAUAACGAAUUUCAAGAACUUAAAUCACUGGCUGGUUCAAGUACUAAUCAGUUUUGUUAUGUUAGAAACCAACCGGGUCAAUCUCAAUCACUUGAAAUAACUACUUCGAAAUCAAUAGAUUCUAAUACUAAUAAUGAAUUGAACAAAAGCGAAAUAUUAAAGAAUUUUUUAAAAUCUUGGAGUACUACAAGUAAUAUAAACUUAGUGCAGUUAACUCGUCUGCUGAAAGGACUCAAGAAUAUUUUUCCAGAACUUACUUUACCUAUGGAUGGCAGAACACUAUUAGGAAGUAACAAAAGAAGUUUUAGUACUGUUUUUGAAAAUGACACCCAGUUUGUGUAUUUAGGUAUCAAACGUACUUUAGAUGCUUAUUUAAAAAUACCUAAUUUAAAGAAACAAUUUUUAAAAGAUUCAGUAAUUAAAUUAAUUUUUAAUAUAGAUGGUCUUCCAUUAUUUAAAAGCAGCUGUACACAAAUGUGGCCUAUACUUUGUAGAGUUUACAAUUCUAGUUAUAAGCUAUCUCCUUUUCCAGUUGCUCUGUAUUGUGGCACUACUAAACCAAAGAAUAUAAAUAAUUACUUGAAAGAUUUUAUAUCAGAAAUAAAUGAACUGGUUUUAAAUGGUAUAUAUAUAGACAACACUAAUGUACAAAUUAACUUGUUUUGCAUUACUUGCGAUGCACCAGCCCGUUCAUAUCUAAAAUGUAUUGUGGGGCAUAAUGGAACGUAUGGUUGUGAAAGGUGUCAUCAGAAGGGUACUUAUUUUAACCGCAGAAUAAUAUAUUUGUCUACUAACUCUAGAGAACGUACACAUGAAGAUUUUGUAGCUAAGGAAUGCCCCAAGCAUCACUUAUCUAAAACCCCUAUGUUAAAAUUGGAAGGAAUUGACAUAAUUAAAAUUUUUUCUCUUGAUUACAUGCAUUUGUGUUGCAUAGGAGUUAUGAGAAAAAUUUUGUUUUAUUGGUUUGUUAAAUGUGAUUCAAGAAAAACAGUUAGGUUGCCAGUUAAUUUAAGAGAAAAAAUAUCCAAUAGAUUAAGAUAUUGUUCAUUUUAUGUCCCCUCCGAGUUUAGUCGAAAGCCAAAAACCUUUAAUGAUUUAAAUCGAUUUAAAGCAACAGAAUUCAGACUAAUUUUGCUUUAUUUGGGCCCAGUUAUUUUUCAUAACGUACUUCACAAGGAUCUGUAUGACCAUUUUUUGUUAUUCCAUGUGGCUUUAAGAAUAUUAUUAUGUCCACGUUUUGUUGGUAGCUCGUGGAUAAUAACAGCAAGAGAACUUUUAACUAGCUUUGUAGACAAUUUUUCUCGUAUUUAUGGGAGAGAGUCUUGCAUUUAUAAUGUACAUAAUUUACUGCAUUUGGCAGAUGAUGCAAUAAACUUUAAUUGUUCUUUAAAUGAUAUUAGUUGCUUUCCUUUUGAAAGUUUUUUGGGGAAACUGAAAAGAAUGUUAAGAAAACCCGAUCAACCUUUAGCUCAAGUUUGUAAACGAUUGUCGGAAAAUGAAAAUAAUGAUGUUACUUAUGAUGACAUAAAUCACAAUUUUUUUGUAAAUGAAACUUUUCAAUAUAUUCAAACAUCUUAUUUUAAAAUAAAAUAUAGUAUCUUUAAUAAGAACGAUUGUUAUGUAUUUUUAAAAGAUGGAAGUUUGUUAAAAGUGAUUGAUUACCAAAUUGUAAAAGAUAUUUUAGUUGGUUAUAUUUCUAGUCCGCUUAAAAAUUUCUAUACUUAUCCUAUUAAGUCUAAGGAAGUUGGAGUAUUUCAGUUCAAAAAUUUUAAUAAAGAACACAAAUGUUACAUUAAACUAACAGAUGUAUCAAGAAAAGCUAUGGUUGUUGAUUGUAAAACAUAUUAUGUAGCUUUGGAAAUACUUCAUCUUAAUUUGUAA